CUAAAACUUUGAUGCAACCGCGUAUAAUCGAAACGGAAUCAAAGAUAACCUCACGUCGACACCCGGUAUACCGUCAAUAGCCGAUCCCAAGUAGACGCAUGCGUGAAUCGCUCUGCACAAUAUAAGCAACUUCGCGGCACAAUUCGUGGAAGAAAUUCCGCGCUGAGAAGGUGGGGAGAGAUCAUUUCAUUCGUGGACACACACAUAAGUAGAAAUCUCUGUGGGCCGUCGUAAAUAUGUGGUGUCAAACUAACCAUGUUAAUACGUAUUAGCCGCAAGAAUUAGAAUCACCGUAGCGAUCAAAAAGAUGGUCUCGAUCAUCAAAAAUCAGUUGCUGAAACACUUGUCGAGGUUCACCAAAAAUCUAUCAGCUGAUAAAAUCAAUUUAAGCACAUUCAAGGGUGAAGGAGAACUGACAAACUUAGAACUUGAUGAAAUAGUCCUCACAGAUUUACUAGAGCUGCCAUCAUGGUUAAGACUAACUAAUGCUUGGUGCAAUAAAGUUUCAUUUCGUAUACAAUGGACCAAACUAAAAAGUGUUCCUAUUUUUUUGAGUUUGGAUGAGGUUCAUAUAGAUGUAGAAACAUGUGAAGAUUUAAGAAGUAUGUCUUCCCCGCAGGGUAUAUCAUCAUAUGCAGGGCCUGCAAAAUAUUCUUUUAUACAUAAAGUAAUUGAUGGAAUAACAGUUGCUGUUAAUAUUGUGUUGGUUACAUUUAAAAGUCCUGCAUUUAUUGCCUCAGUCCAGAUGAAUCGAAUUAUGGUAGAAUCAAAGUCAGCUACAUGGCAGCGAUGUGAUCUCAGAACCACUAGAGUAAAAGAUCCCGAUCGAGGGCAAUUGCUUAUUUUUAAAGAGUUAGAAUGGCAAACUCUUAGAAUAGAGGCCCAAAGUACUAAAGACAAGAACCUAACACCACUUCGGUUACUUACAAACCAAGCUAGGUGUCGUAUCACUAUAAAGAAAAGAAUAUCAGAUUGCUUUGUAAUGGGUUCUAGGCUAGUUAUUAUUCUGGAUGAUCUUUUGUGGGUGUUAACAGACUCGCAAUUAAAAGCUGCACUCCACUUCAUUGACUCUUUAGGUGGUCUUAUUGAGAAAGCUACCAUUCUCGAACGGAAAACAAAAGCCGCAAGGAAAUUAGAAGUUUUACCAGAAUAUCAAGCCCAGAUAUCUCAACAAAGUAGAACGAAGAAUCAAUGUAAUACAACGAUAUCGAAGAUAUUUACGAGAUACGAUGUUGUAGAAACGUCAUAUCAUUUCCUUUCUCAACGUAUUGAUCUCCACUUGUGUGAUGAUGCUGGCGGAGGUAGAUCUUUACAUCCUGAUCUUAAGGAUGGCGGUGCGCUACAAAUUUCAUUAGUUAAAUUUCAAAUUGAUUAUUAUCCAUAUCAUUUGGCAAUGGCGGAUAGGAAACAUUGGGCCAAAUAUAAAGAAAACGCCACACCUCAUAGCCAGUGGUUACAGCAAUCAUUAAGCUCGUUCCGAAGUCAGUUUAUGGAUCUUAUCGAUUCCGGUAGAACGCAACACUCUCCGUUGACAAGAAGUCAAGGAAACAUCACAGGUAGCGGUACGAAAGGUUUUGGGGAAAAUCUGGAGAAAAGUAACCAAGUGCAGAAUACAAACGUAACGAUGUCUGAGCAGAAAAAAUCGCAACCAAGUGGUAAUCCAGUAAAGAAUUAUGUUUUGGAGCAACUUGCUAAGCUUAUGACAACGUGUAUUAUCAUCAGGAUCGACGACUUUACUUUGUACAAAGUGACAACGACGUCGCGUAAUCCGAUACCCAAAGAAUUUAUCACAGCUCAAACGAGGAAGAAGCAUACACCAGGCGACCGUGACAGAUUCUGUCUUCCAGAGGAGGUAACGAUACUCCAUGCUGAGUUCACUUAUUACUAUUAUCCCGGAGACAUUACUUUUCCAUUGCCACCACCUAAAUUUUACGUACAGCUCAAUCCUAUCCAAGUGAACUUCGACCUCUGCUCGUGCCUUUGGUUUAACUCUUUCGCAUUGAAUCUUCAUUAUUCUCUUAUGGGAAAGGACAAGCAGCUGUCACACAGCUCUGCACGUUUAAUGUAUUUCGACGUAAAGAUAGAGGCUAUAUUACCAAGAAUAGUUUUCGAAAGUCAGCAAGAUUACCCAAACCAAAAAGAUAGGCCAAAAUCUCUGCAUCUUCAAACUUCUAGAGCAUCUAUAACGAACGUUCGAUCAACAGAGAGAUCUUCCAGGGCAGAUUUGGCGCAGUGCCUGAAUGCAUUUCAGAUGGGACAAAUGUUCUUCGGCGCUGAGUUUCCUAGUAAAUCGGGAGAUUUUCACGUGGUAACAGAAAAAUUUUUGGCGCACUGCGGAGGCACUGACAAUAUCAGGCAAAUACCGCCCAAUUUCAGUAGCAAUUCUGUAAACGAGUUGAUUCGUCAGCUGAACCGAGAGCUUUUGUGGACAGAGGCAAAAGACGUGUGGUGCUGUAACCUGGAACCUGUAUGGGGCGAUUUUCUCGGAGCACGGGCUGUUGGCCAGAAUCGGCCCGUACCAUUUUUGGACGCGUUCCCUCUAACAUUGUGGUGUCACUUCACCACAGAUUCAUCGGUUACGGAGAAGCCUUUGGCCGCCGAUAUUCACGGUCUUGCGUACAUCAGCAAUUUAGUUAGCGUACAGAUAAAUCAUUAUCAGUAUCUGUUCUUGCUCAGGUUGUCGGAGAUACUAUCCGAAAUGGCCACAUAUCUGGCUGUGGACUCGAAUAAGAUUUUGAAGAUCGAAAGUGGCGGGUCGUUGGUCAUAGGCGCGUUGAUACCGCAAGUAGAAGUGACAUUCGUCAUGCCGUCGCACACACCCGGUAAAGAGAAUUCCGGCGGCGAUUUAGAAUCCGUUGUUCCUGAUUCGUCCAGCAUAGCGGACGAUUUUAUCGGUCCAUCAGUACUUACUUGGCACACCAGCCAAGUAAGUACGCGUGUUGAUUAUAAUGCUAAGAGGAUGAACACGAGCAACGACGUGGAAACGCCACAGAGCGAAGCUUCGUCGAUGCUGUCGAUGGAUUAUUCGCAUUCCGUGCCAACUCAGCCAGUUGUUACUUUCAAACAAAACGGAACGAAAAAAGGCAACUACGAUCCAGCAAACGUGAUCCGGGCUGUUCCUGAGUCCUGCGAAAUUCAAUUUCCAGUUGACAUAGACGCUCUCCGACAAUCGGCAGAAAUAGCUACGCAGAAGCAGAGCAAAUCUGAUUCAGCCUCCAACACGCCUUUUAUCCCAAAUAAUUUCAACGUCGGUCUCUCGUCCAUGAAAAAGGGAUUCAGCAAUCUAAUGACGUCGAUCGACUCUGCUCUGAAGGCCUCCCCCGAAGAUGGUAGUAGCGAUACGGUGUCCAUGAGAAGUGACGUUAGUUCGGAUAGUGAAAAUUAUGUCCUGGUGAACCUUCAGGAUCAAGGCAAGACAGACGCAUUUGGCAUCGAUAAUACGAUUAGGAUAACCGCUGUAGAGGAGGCUACUGAAGUCGUAGAAGAAACGCCAGAUACACAAAGUGAAAAAUCUAUGGACAGUGUAUGUAAAAGGAAGGAUUUGGUUUCUAUGGUAACGUUCAAGUUGUCAAAAGUUGAAUUUAUACAACAGUCUUGUGGCUAUUCGUCCGCUAUUAAGAUUCAGGUUUCUAACAUAGAUAAUGAUGAAUGUUCAUCCAUUCCUUGGGACGAAUUUCAGACCAAGUUCAGUUCGCGAUCACGAGGCUGGGUAGAAUUGCCAUCAGAUUCUGACUGCAGAUCACGCGUUAAACUACGUUUGGAUCAUGAUUUGAAAAAUAAGGAGGAUUCCUGUAAGCUUUCGGGCGCUAGCCAAAACACGAGCGACAGUAGUAAGCGAGCAUCUCAAGAUCGCACUAGAUUGCCUGAGCAAGAUACCUGUACGUCCGUCAUCAAUGUGCAUGACAAAGAGAGUGUUAUGAAUUUAUUCGAGGACAAGUUAGAGAUGAAAGUCGCUAACGUAGCAAUGACGCUGUCGAUGAGCUCGGUGACGGGUUUAGCGGAUUUAGCGGAGGACGAGAUCAUACCUAAGCCGAUUCCUAUGCAGAUAUGCUUAGAAAAUAUAUCAUUACGUUUAAAUGAAGAUCGUCCGCCAAAUAACAUAACUUCCCCAGGUCCGAUCCCAAUAGAUUUGAAUAUUUCCAAGCUCAGGGUAGCGCGGGACACGAGCGGUGUAUUUCACAUUGAACCCAUCGUAACUAUGGUGGCUGAGAGAGAUUCAAGUACAGCAUUAUCGGGCGAUAGAAAUAACACUCUUAAGAAUGCAGAGUGCGAGGUGGAAUUGAAUGCACUGAGACAAUCUAGCAGACAACUGAGACUAGAUAAUGAAGAGUUGAGACGCCGUAUGGGAGCUUUGGAAAGAUUAUCGGAAGAAAAUGCGAAAUUAAUGCGCGUAAAAGAGGAGUCUGACAUAAUAAGAUCUCGCUUGAACACCGCGGAAAAUGAUAUCGCGAAUCUUUUGGAAGAAAAAAGGAUCUUACACGAAACCAUAACAGAGCUGCGAAAUCAAAGAAUGGAAAGCGGUCCUGCAGGUAGUAAUAGAGCUUCGUGGUCUAUUAAGAGAUAGCAUACCAGUUGUUUCGAUUGUUCUAAGUGUUGCAGUUCUAAUAAAUCUUAAUCGGUUGUCUUUUCUAUAUCCGGUAUGAAAAGAGAGAAAACGUUUGUUUUGAUAAACUUAGGAUAAAUUUGCGUAAAACAAAAGAUUCAUUCACUUAACAUCCAUCUUAGUAAAGGAAGGAAAAAAAAUACUGAUAUUACGAAAUUUCAGCAUUACAAUUAUUAACAAGAAAUUAUUCGAUUUUAAUUUUCUCUGCAAGCAUCGUGUGAGAAGGUCUAUAGUUGUUUUUCACAGACACAUUACUCUUGUCUGCCGUAAUUACGCUAGUAACUGCCGUUUAGAUCUUUUAUUGCUUGAAACAAAGUGAUAAGAAUCGCAUACGCGAACUUACGUAUGUGAAACUUGAGUGGAGAAUGUUAACUUUCUUACUGCGGUCGAGUACAAGGCGAUAAUAAACUGCAAUAUUAGCGCGCGUUUCUUUCUACUGUUAAAUUGAUAAUCGGUGAUAUGUGAAUUUCUAAUGAGUGACAGAUUAUCUGUGUGUGUGUUUGCCGUUUUAUGAAUAGCAAUCGCGUGGCUGAAAGUUGCGUACGACUGUAUAUAUUAUAUUGUGCACGUACAUUUUGUUACACAUCUACAUAUAUGCAUACAUACGUGCUUAUGUAACAUAUUUAUCCUUCUGGAAGCGAAGCAAUGGUCUUAGAGCAUUAUAUAACUUUAGGCGAACUGAAAGGAGGAUUUGUUUCAAGCUAGAUUGAGUGUCCCGUAUGUUGAAGAAAAUUAAGGUAUAUACAUUUUACAUUCUCCUAUGUUUCUGCAACGCAUGGGAAAUCUAGCGAUCGAAAUUUCGUGCCAGGAUAUCAGAAGGAUACCUAUGUACGUAUACUGAUUAAGUAGUGCGCGAUAGUCAGGACAUUGCAAUACAUAUUGAUUGACUUUACGAUCAACUAUAUUUUGGCAUCAUUCUCAUAGAUGUACCGAUUCGUAAGAGUAUAUCAUGAAGCACAAUGAAUUAGAACAUAUGAUUGUAACUUAGUAAUAUACUAGUUGAGCCUACGGAUAGACAUAGACUGUCUAAAUGGGAAUUGACCUGGUGGUGUCGCACGAUAUCGUAUAACAUAAUUUUGUAUGACUGAUUUAACGAUUCAUCAAACGAUGAAAAUUACAAAUAAUAAUAUAUGGUGAUGUGCGGAACGCACGUUCCAAUAAGACUGUAUAAAAUUUGGAGAUGUUGGUCUAUACAAUAGUCGCAUUAGUGUCCUCGGGAUAAUUUGUAUAAACGUUAGAAGUGGCGAAUCGACAAUGAAUUUUUAACGAAAAGAAUUGUACUACGAUCGGCAAAGAACGCUCCUUUAAUAAGAUCAUCAGAGAGUGUACGAUUUUUCAGUUUACAAUCCAGGUCCCGAAGACUAUAGCUUCCUUAGGGUUUGAUUUCGAUAGAUUUAAUUUCUACGAUGGAUUGCUGGUCGAUCCUAUACAAAUGGAAAGUAUUUUUUUAGUGCGUAUGUAUGAAUACACGAUGCAAUUAGGAUUUGUUUCAUAAUGUAGAAAUCUUCUGCUCUUAAUAUACAUCUGAAAUACGAUGUUUCAUAGAUACGCAUUUCCAUUUAGAUAUGCAGCUUCGAACGAUGCGUUCCCUUGGCAAAUACUUUCUGAUUAUUGCGAAAGUCGCAAGCGCACGCGACGUACGCAUCGUGUGAGAUAAUUUGCGUCUAUGUGGCAAUGAUGUUGCAAUUGUAUGCGACGAUGCAGUUACGCGAUUAAUAUAUUUGACUAGUGAACGCAACGCGGCCAGAAGCUUGCAUAACAUAUACAAAACCUAGAAAACAGAAAGAAAGAUUAAUAUAUAUUACAGUUUUUGUUACUUAUCAGAUACGGGGAUGAACUUUUAUAAUACACAUAUCAUGAACACUUACAAUGAAGGGUUUGCUUAUGUGUGUGUGUAACAUAUUUAUAUACAGUCUGACGACGUUUUAUAUUGCAGGGAUAUUUUUUUGCGGUUUAAUUAUGCUAAUGUGUCUCUUAUUUUCAAAGUCUGGCUUAAAUCAACUUCCUAAAGUUUGCUUGUGGUUCCUUUUUUGAAAUGUUUAGGUUUAAAACUUUUUUUAUUCCAUAUUAGAGUGAUAUUAAAAUCAUUUUCAAUCUUUACAUUUAGUUUGAGAGGUAUAUAUAUUUCU